GCGCAGCGCGUGCCCCGCCCGGCCGUGAGCUGUCGGGCCAUGGAGGCGGCGCUGGGGCUGGGGCUGCUCCUGCUCGUGGCCGCGCUGCUCGUGGCGGCUGCGCUGCGCCGGGCUGCACCGGGGAGAACGGCCACCGGCCCCGCACUGACCGGCCCGGUGCUGACCGGCCCCGCCGCCUCCAGCCCCGACAGUCCCCGCAGGGCGAAGCCGCGGCCGCGCAGGGAGAAGCCGCAGCGUGAGCCCGGCUUCACGCACCGCCUGCUGGCCGCCGCGCUCAAGGGUCACGUUGGCGCUGUGAGCUGCCUGCACUUCAGCAGCAAUGGGAAGCACUUGGCGUCCUGCGCCGACGAUCGCACCGUGCGGCUCUGGAGCACACGCGACUUCACGGCGCGCGAGCACCGCAGCGUGCGGGGAAACGUGGAGCUGGACCACGCCGAGCUCGUCCGCUUCAGCCCCGACGGCAGGGCGCUCCUCGUCUGGCUGGCAAACGGAGAGACAAUUCGUGUCUAUAAAGUGACGAAGAAGGACGACGACAGCUUCACCUUCACACCAUCCUCCGAGGAUUUCCCAAAGAAGCACAAAGCUCCCGUCAUUAACAUGGGAGUCGCAGAGACAGGGAAGUUUAUCAUGACAGCUUCCAGUGACACUACCAUCCUGAUCUGGAGCCCCAAGGGUGAAGUCCUUGCCAGCAUUAACACUAACCAGAUGAACAAUGCCUAUGCUACUGUAUCACCCUGCGGGAGGUUUGUGGCAUCGUGUGGCUUUACUCCCGAUGUGAAGGUUUGGGAAGUAUGUUUUGGCAAGAAAGGUGACUUCCGGGAAGUGACCAGGGCUUUUGAGCUGAAAGGCCACACUGCUGGCGUGUAUUCCUUCGCCUUCUCUAAUGACUCGAGGCGGAUGGCUACCGUUUCCAAGGACGGGACGUGGAAGUUCUGGGACACGGAUGUGGAGUACAAGAAGCAGCAGGACCCGUACCUGCUGCUGACGGGGAGCUGUGAUGUGGCGGAGCCGUGCCGCAUCGCGCUGUCCCCUGACGCUCACGUGGCGGCCAUCUCCUGCGGCACCAACAUCACCGUGUACAACACGCGCAGAGGGGAGGAGGAGGAGCGCUUCGUUGGUGUCCACACGCAGCACAUCGCAGACCUGGCCUUCGACACCAGCGGCCGCUUCCUGGUGUCCUGCGGGGACCGUGCGAUCCGUGUGUUCCACAACACGGCCGGGUACCGCGCGGUGCUGGAGGAGAUGGAGGCGGCGCUGAGGAGAAGCAGCAGCAGAACCACAAAGGAGCGGCUGGAACAGCAGAUCCACAGCGCCAGGAGAGCAUUGACUGCUGUGUGUGGCAGGAAGAGAUAACGGGGCAACGGGGGAACCUGCAGCACACGGCGGGUUCGACUUGUGAUACAAAACGAACAGCUCGUAAUAAAAGUGCGGCCUUUCCCUGCC